AUGCUUAUCAUUAAAGUGGUGGCCGAAGAUGGCCAGUUUGUCACACUUUAUUUGGAAAACGACUGGAGUUUCUCAAAACUCAAUGAAUUGAUAAAAGAUCAAUUAAACAUACCAGUAAAUAAUCAAAGAUUGUAUCUAGAUGGAGUUUUGCUGUCAGGAAACAACAAUUUGAUCUCAGAUUCCGGACUAAAAGACGGAGAUCUGUUGCUCGUAAAAGCAGAUUAUGGAAAUAUGGAUUUAUCAUCACUUUUAGCCCCUGAGUAUGCUGAUAUUUCAGAUGACCUUCUUCGUACAAGAGCAAGGGAAAUAUUAGAUGAAUUUAACAAGGAACCAGCUCAACUUGAAACACUAAAGUUCCAUAACCAGGAACUUUACAAAGCAGUGCAAUCCAAAAACACAGAAGAAGUUUAUAAGAUAGUAAAGAAGGAAUAUGAAGAGAAAAAAAAGGAGGAAAUGGAACACAAAAAAAAGUUAAUGAAGGCAUAUUUGGAUCCCCUAAACCCAGAAUCGCAAAUAUUAAUACAUAAAGAAAUAGAAAAGAACCGUAUUGACGAAAACUUACUGUCAGCGCAAAAUUACUUUCCAGAGUCAUUUGGUAAAAUAGUAAUGUUGUUUAUCAAAGUUGAAAUAAACAACGUGGUAGUUAAGGCAUUAGUGGACACAGGAGCACAGAACACGAUAAUGAGCAGAGAAUGUGCAUCCCAAUGUAAUUUGUUAAACCUGGUAGAUGAAAGAUUCAAAGGAGUAGCAGUAGGGGUAGGAUUGACUAAAACUUUGGGUAAAAUACACUUGGCUGACAUGAAAAUAGGAUCCAUAUUCAUCCCAGUCUCGUUUAUUGUCAUAGAGGGGGCCAACUUGGAAUUUAUCCUGGGCUUGGAUAUACUUCGGAGAUAUACUUGCGAUAUUAACUUGAAGUACAAUUAUUUGGGAAUCAACGAUGUCAAUGUGCCAUUUCUUUCAGAAGCCGAGUUGGUCAGUUUUAAGAGUUAUACCAAAAAUAAAGCCUCUGAUAAGCCAUCAUUUUCCACAUCUUUACCUCAAUCAUCAACUUAUACUCAAGAUCAAAGCAAACCGGAUACCGGUUCUCAAUCAUCUGAACAAACCGAAAAGGUGAAAAGACUUAGUGAGGUGCUCAACAUCACGGCUGAACAUGCAAGAGAACUUCUAGAAAUUGCAGGAUGGGACGAAGAAUUAGCUGCCUCCUUUGUAACGGAAUAA